AAAAAAGAAACAACAAUUUACAUGUGAAGUUCAUUGAGUAAUUGAGGAAGAGCAACAACAAAGCAAACACAGCAAAAUAUGUCAAAAUACGAACUGUGCCGGCUGAUAUGUGCUUCGCAUAUGAAACUCACACACAUACACACACACACUUAAACAUACAGCACAAGAAAUAGAAAAAUAUCCCAAAUAAAAUAAAUGAAAAGCAUUAACUGUAAACCGAGUGACGAGCGAAAUGCGCACGGAAAGCAUUUUUAGUUUAUCAGCAACUCAACGCCAGAAAGCAGCGGUGAAAUAUUGAUUUUGUGAUUUUGUGUUUCUCGGCGAAUAGCAAAAAUUUGGAUUAAUAAUUUAAUUAAAUUCUAUUUAAAUUUUAAUUGUGAAUUAAAUUAAUUCUUUCCGGAAAAGUUCUUAAAGCAGCGAAAAUUCGACGUACAAAAGGAAACAUGGCUUUGGGAACUUGCAUUUUGGGCAGCAUUUGUGUGGGCCUUGUCUGCGCACAAAUCGCACGCAGAGUUCUGCCAUGGCUGUAUUUGAACGUCUUUGCCCCCACUUUAUUCGGGCCAAAGGUCGAUUUACGCCGGCUGGGAGAUUGGGCUGUUGUCACGGGCGCCACCGAUGGAAUUGGAAAGGCGUACGCCAAAGCGCAAAAUGAUCAACGCUCCGGCACAUUCUGUAUAAAAGGAAUCGCAUAUGAUAUGACCGAGGACUUGGAACUUCACUUUGGAAGUGACAAGUACGCUGGCAGUGGUAUUCAGCCCACUGGUUCAUUAAACCAAAAUCUGGCUCAUUCAGCCGAAGUAAUAUAA